ACAUCACAUGAUACUCAGCUGCAGGUGUGACUCACCAGGGACAUCGCUUCGCCGUCCUGUCCAGAACAACCCGUCCUGUUCUCGCCCUGUUCUCGCCCUGUUCUUGAUCAGUGUUGUACCUGAGCACAGAGUCCCGGCACGAUGAAGGUCCUGGCUGUCCUGUUGGCCCUUGUGGCCCUCGCGAGCGCCUUGCACAGAGUCCCGCUGACCAAGGUGAAAACUGUCCGUCGUCAGCUGGCAGAUGUCGGCAUUACGUACGACCAAAUCCUGGACAAAGACUACAGUGGGAAGUACUACAACAUUAAGGAUGCCCCCGAGCCACUCACCAACUACUUGGAUGCACAGUACUAUGGCCCAAUCUCCAUCGGUACUCCUCCCCAGAGCUUCCAGGUAGUGUUUGACACCGGCUCCUCCAACCUGUGGGUGCCGUCCAAGAAGUGUAAACUGUCUGACAUCGCCUGCUUGCUCCACAACAAGUAUGACAGCACCCAGUCCAGCACCUACAUGAAGAACGGCACUGACUUCGCCAUUCGCUACGGGUCUGGCAGUCUGACCGGCUUUCUGAGUGAGGAUACAGUCACGAUCGGAGGCCUGAAAGUUCAGAAGCAGACAUUUGCGGAGGCCGUGACCCAGCCUGGUAUAACGUUUGUUGCGGCCAAGUUUGACGGUAUCCUGGGGAUGGGGUAUGACACCAUCUCAGUGGACGGUGUCGUGCCACCCUUCUACAACAUGGUCCAACAGAAACUGGUUGACAAACCAGUCUUCUCUUUCUACCUGAACAGGGAUGCCUCGGGUGCUACAGGUGGUGAGCUGUUGUUGGGUGGGACUGACCCAAAGUACUACAGCGGAGACUUCACCUUCCUGGACGUCACCAAGCCUGGAUACUGGCAGUUCAAGAUGGACGGGAUCAUGAUCAGUGGGAAGGCGUCUGACUUCUGUAAGGGAGGCUGUGCUGCCAUCGCCGACACAGGGACCUCUCUCAUCGCCGGGCCCACGUCCGAGGUGGCAGCUCUCAACAAACAAAUCGGAGCCACCCCCAUCCCUGGUGGAGAGUACAUGGUGGACUGCAGUCAGGUCUCCUCUCUCCCUCCCAUCUCCUUCAUGCUGGCUGGGAAGGCCUUUGAACUGCAGGGCAAGGACUACGUUCUACAGGUGAGUCAGGGUGGCCAGACGGUGUGCCUGAGUGGUUUUCUGGGGAUCAACGUCCCAAGUGGCCCCCUGUGGAUCCUGGGAGAUGUGUUCAUCGGGAAGUUUUACACUCAGUUUGACAUGGGGAAUAAUAAGGUGGGCUUUGCCACAGCCACAUAAAUGUACGGUGGUUGUUUUGUUCAUCCAGUACUACUGGCAAAAGGUUACAGAGUGUAACUUAUGAAGACUUUCAGCUUAAAAUAAUAUGGGCACUAUGUGACUCAAAAACUGUAGUCUACAUUUCAUUUAAGAUCUUAAGGAUUUGAAAUCAACCCAAAAUUUGUAUUCUUAGUAAAUAUAUGUCUCUGUAAUUCUGCAUUUUUCACAAAUGUAAUGCUGCUGUAGGGAGAAGCUUAUGUGGAUUUUUUAAAGUUACAAUAUCUGCUCUUUUUACUUUAUAUACUGCAUUUGGUAUCAAGUGAGUGUAACAAUUUAUUGUUGAUGAUUGUGCAUGAAAACAUUUCAUACUCAGAAAUAUCCAGAAGUAUUUUUCUGCAUUGUUAACUCACUGCUGUCUAUAGAUUAUAGUUCUUUUUUUUUACCAGUAAAUGUAUUUGCAAUGCCAUCAAUGCAAGCAUGAGAACAUUUCACUGUUCUCAUAGUAGUAGGCACUAGUAGCUUUUCAGUAAAGAAUCCUGUGGGAAAUUUCACUGUGACUAACCAUGGACUGCCUGCAGUAUACUGAGUAUACUGGGAAAUGGAAAUGACUGUCCUUAAUGCUGACUUGGACACAGGUCUUGGAGAUACUUUUCCUGCAGUGUUUUUUAACCUUCAGCCAUUUGGCACCUACUUUGUAUUGGUAAUUGGAAUGGGCAGCAGGGAGAAGUUUAACAGUUACUGUUUGUUUACUUUGGAUUAAAAGAAGUACAUGUCAUAGAUACAUAUGAACGUAGCAGAUGACUUAGCAUGAAGUUUAUGAAUGAAGGUGAUUAUAGGAAAGGUUGGGAAUGUUUUAAUAAAUCUAUGUGAGAGGUGAUAAGAAAUACCAUUGAAAUAAUGUAAUGUGACAUCUCAGAAAAAAGACAUCAUUUCUGCACAGAAACAUGAUUAAGGUAACACGGACUCUCUUUUACAAAGAUGUUGUAUUGUUAUUGUCAAGGAUGUCAGAAAACAAGGAAUAUUUUAAAUCAAAGUCUACUAUGUCAAGUGCUCUAUGCAUGGCUUAUUAUAUCACUCCAGACUUGUUAGAUCACUGCAUAUUCAUUUCAAGUCCUACUUCACACUAUAUUUAGUUUGUGCCUGGUUUUAAAGCUUCAAUAAAUCUAUGGUGUUUGAGGAA